AUUUUGGCGUCCGCGGUCACAACAAAUCCGAUACCCAAACACACCUCUUCUCUCUUUCUAUCGCCGGUUGUGUUUUAGUAUUUCUACUUUUUCUCAGAAAAAAAUAUAUUUUGUUGUCUCUCUCAGGAAAUGGAAUCUCUCGGUCGCCAGUCUUACAGCCGGAAGGAGAAAUCUCUCGGAGUUCUAGUCUCCAAUUUCCUGAGACUGUAUAACCGUGACGAUGUUGAUCUGAUUGGCCUCGAUGAUGCUGCCGGGAAACUAGGAGUUGAACGACGUCGUAUAUAUGACGUGGUUAACAUACUGGAGAGCAUUGGCCUUGUAGCAAGAAGAGGGAAGAAUCAGUACUCGUGGAGAGGUUUCGGACAAGUUCCUACUGUCUUAAGUCUACUAAAAGAAGAAGGAAUGCGAGAGAAGUUUGGCAUCAUCCCAUGUGUGACUAACUCAGAGAUGGUUUUAUAUGACCAAGUAAGAGAAGAGCCUUUGAAGUUAAGUCCUGAUGAUCAAGAAAACUCGCCAUCCCCAAAACUUGAUUGCAAGAAGGAGAAAUCUCUCUGGGUUCUUGCACAGAACUUUGUGAAGCUUUUUCUAUGCUCUGAUGAUGAUCUGAUAACACUUGAUGGCGCUACAAAAGCAUUGUUGAAUGUGUCUCAGGAUCCCAUGAAUAUGAGAACUAAAGUUAGACGCCUUUACGACAUUGCAAAUGUGUUUUCCUCAAUGAACUUAAUCGAAAAGACUCAUAUCCCUGAGACUAAGAAACCGGCAUAUAGGUGGUUGGGACCCAAAGCCAUAUCAGAAGCCAGAUUCCUUGCUGCUCCUCUAUGUGAUCGCAUCGAGCCUAAAAAGCGGGUAUUCGGGACCGAGAUCACAAACUUUACCACAACAAAGAGAGCCAAAACAGAUUGUUCUAAAGACCAGAAGCAAUACGAAAGUCAAAACAACACAUGCAGUGUCAUCAAGCAAGAACAAUGUGAUUACAAAUCAGCUGUGAAGAGCCUUGUUGGACCAUUAUCUCCCGCAGGUACUUCUAAGAAGACCAAUCCAGGAAAAAGCAAUAACCAGAGUAUUGAUGUUCUUGAGACCCUCUCUUCUACCCACAAACUACAAUAUUGCAAUCAUGAGUUAAUUGGUCUUCUCGGGCACUACACAGACACAUGGAGGUCAUGGCAUGAAGAGUUUGGUCGGAAAUGACUUCACCAGGUAGAUUUUUUCUGGCAGCGUUAUGGAUGCCAAAAUAGCUGUGCUGUUUCUUUGCUUACAACAGAAGAACAUUACUAUAGCAGAUCAGAGCCUUUAUCUUGUGAUUGAUCCUUUCAAAGGCUUCCUUUGUAGUAGGAGAGAAAACAAUCAAAAGUUUUGUAGCGUUUCUUAUCGUUCCAAAUCGAAACCAAAUAGAACCCCUUUUAACAUGA